AUGGGUUGGAAUACUCUAGGCGGAAAUAUCAUUGGCGAGCCAGCCAUUGUGUCGUGGGCAUCGGACAGGCUUGACAUCUUUGUUAGAGAUACCCACAAUAACGUUCUACACAAAUGGCGGGAGGGUACGGACUGGAAGCCUUCUAGGUCCAGUUGGGAGUCGCUAGGUGGUGAUAUUGCCGAUGGACCAUCUGCCGUUUCCUGGGAUCGUGGCCGGCUGGAUGUGUUUGCCCGGGGCACUGAUAAGAGUGUACUGCACAAAUGGUUUGAUGGAACGAAGUGGAAUCCCCCUAACAACUGGGACCACCUCGGUCACAAUAUCAUCGAGAAGCCGAUGGUUGUGUCAUGGGCCGCACAUCGACUUGACGUUUUUGUUCAUGGGGCUUCCGACCAUAAUCUCUGGCACCGAGCGUGGAAUGGGCGACAGUGGGAAAACUGGGAGUCACUUGGCGGUCAAAUUCUAGGAACCCCAGCACCAGUAUCAUGGGGCCCAGACAGGAUUGACGUUUUUGUUCGUGGCACUGACAAUGGUGUCUGGCACAAGGCUUUUCUUAACAAUUCUUGGACCCCAAGUUUCGGUCCACUGGGAGGCAUUAUUCGUGGUAGCCCGAAUGCAGUGUCAUGGGCUCCAACUCGACUUGAUAUUUUCGUCCGUGGAGCAGAUGACCAUGUUCAUCAUAAGGCCUGGUGGGAAAAUCGGGAAUGGGCCCCAAAGAAAAACUUUUUACCUGUUGGUGGAGACGUUCUGAACGGUCCCCGUGUGGUAGCCGGGAGCGCCAAUCAUCUGGACAUUGUCAUACAGGCCCCUGAUUUAAGUGUUUGGCACAAGGCGUGGGAUGAAACCAACUGGGUCCCGGCAGGUACUACCUGGACACCGCUCGGUGGCGAAGCUGCUGGGGUACCAGUUUUGAGUCCGCUUGGUUCCCAAAAGUUGGAGAUUUUCGUUCGCGGCCGUAACGGAGAUUUGAUCUUUUGGUCUUAA